CUUACAAACUCCCCCAUUUGUGACAAUCGCAUUCAAGAUGAGGGCCGGGCUUCUGAAUAGUAGCAGGUCUGCUAUUAGGAGCUCGACAACAAAUCUCCUUCGCCAGCGCUGUGCACGAAGCCUCGCAACAGUGAACACCACUACCUACACACCUGAUAUCGAGUCCCGAACUCCACCCUACCCUCUUCUACUCAACAGACUCAAGACCGUCCGCAAAACUCUCAGUCCAGAGCGCAAACUCACUUUGGCCGAAAAGAUCCUCUAUUCCCACUUAGCCAACCCUGCCGAAUCCCUCCUCUCCAAUACAGACAACGGCCUCAAUAUCCGCGGUAAUGCAAAUCUCAAGCUCAAGCCCGACAGAGUGGCCAUGCAGGAUGCUUCUGCGCAAAUGGCGCUCUUGCAAUUCAUGACCUGCAACCUCCCUUCGACUGCUGUUCCUGCAAGCAUACACUGCGAUCAUAUGAUUGUUGGAGAACGAGGUGCAGAUGUAGAUCUCCCAGAGUCAAUUAAGGGAAACAAGGAGGUGUUCGACUUCCUAGAAUCUGCGGCGAAGAAAUAUGGCAUUGAGUUCUGGCCUCCAGGAGCAGGAAUCAUUCAUCAGACUGUCUUGGAGAACUACUCUGCGCCAGGUCUGAUGAUGCUCGGAACGGACAGCCAUACACCCAAUGCUGGAGGAUUAGGAGCAAUUGCCAUUGGUGUUGGUGGUGCAGAUGCAGUCGACGCUCUAGUCGACGCGCCGUGGGAAUUGAAAGCUCCCAAAAUCCUCGGAGUCAGACUUGAAGGGAAAUUGAACGGCUGGGCCUCGCCCAAAGAUGUCAUUCUCGCUCUUGCGGGUAAAUUGACUGUUCGCGGAGGCACAGGCUAUAUAAUUGAGUAUCAUGGGUCUGGUGUUGAUUCGUUGAGUUGUACUGGUAUGGCUACAAUCUGCAACAUGGGAGCUGAAGUCGGAGCUACAACCUCUAUCUUCCCUUUCUCGACCAGACAUAUCCCAUACCUUGAAUCAACGCACAGAGCUUCGAUUGCGGCUCAAGCACAAGCUAUUGCUGAUUCGCCAGCCCAUUUGAAUCUUCUCCGUGCGGAUGAGGGGUGCCACUACGACGAGCUGAUCACAAUCGACCUUAGUACACUGGAACCACAUGUCAACGGACCAAAUACUCCCGAUUUGUCAACUCCUCUUUCUGUCUUCGCAAAGGCAGUCAAGACCAACAAUUGGCCUGAGACCGUUUCGGCUGGUUUGAUUGGAAGCUGCACGAACAGCUCAUACCAGGACAUGACCAGAGCUGAGGAUCUUGUCAAGCAAGCUACAGCAGCUGGGUUGAAACCAGCUACCGACUUCUUCAUUACUCCUGGAAGUGAGCAGAUUAGAGCUACGCUUGAUAGGGAUAGCACUAUUGCUACAUUCGAGGAGGCUGGUGGCAUUGUGCUUGCCAACGCCUGCGGCCCUUGUAUAGGUCAAUGGCAGCGCACAGAUGGUAUUGAGAAAGGUACCAACAAUGCCAUUUUCACAUCCUACAACCGGAACUUCCGUGGCCGAAACGAUGGCAACCCAGACACAAUGAACUUCCUCGCCUCCCCCGAAAUCGUAACAGCCAUGUCCUACGCAGGAUCUACGUCUUUCAAUCCUCUAACAGAUACCCUCACCACACCCUCCGGCGAACCAUUCCGCUUCUCACCUCCAACCGGGUCCGAACUUCCAACAGGCGGCUUCGAAGUCGGCAAUCCAGCCUUCCUCCCCUCAUCCGGAUCCCCAUCCCCCCAAUCCGAAGUCGUUGUAUCCCCCACCUCAGACCGGCUCGCCCUCCUCGAACCCUUCGCACCCUUCCCCCAAUCCGACCUCAAAGAUCUCAAAGUACUCUACAAAGUAACCGGCAAAUGUACCACCGACACCAUCUCCGCCGCCGGUCCCUGGCUCAAAUAUAAAGGCCAUCUCCCCAAUAUCAGCGCCAACACCCUCAUCGGCGCCAUCAACGCCCGCACCGGCGAAGUAAACGUCGCCUACGACUUCGACGGCAGCACCUCCGGCAUUCCAGAGCUCGCCCAGAAGUGGAAAGACCAGAACAUCGAAUGGCUCGUCGUAGCAGAAGACAACUACGGCGAAGGAUCAGCGCGCGAACACGCUGCUCUACAACCUCGUUAUCUCGGUGGACGAGUCAUUCUCGCUAAAUCUUUUGCGCGCAUCCAUGAAACGAAUUUGAAGAAACAGGGUGUAGUGCCAUUGACGUUUGCGAAUGGCGAGGACUAUGGCAAGAUUGAUGCGUGUGAUGAGGUUGAUACCGUGGGAUUGUAUGAUGUGUUGAAGAAUGGCGGGAAGGGCGAGGUUGUGAUUAAGGUUAGGAAGGCAGGGACUGGAGAGGAGAUCACGAUCAAGACGAAGCACACGCUCAGUGAAGAUCAGUGCGGAUUCAUCCUGGCGGGAAGUGCAUUGAAUUUACUUGCCAAGAUGCACAAAUCGUCGUAGAUUUUCGAAACUUGGGGAAGAAAAAAGGGCGCUCGGGUUAAGGAUGCUGAAAUGGAAUGGAUAUGGAUAUAUCCUGUAUUGUACGUAUGAAAAUAGAGCCAAAAAAAAAAAAAAAAAAACUACCAAGAAACCUUGAUUGAUACCAAGAAAGCAUCCACCUUUACCCAAUCGAUAUUCAAUAUUCAAUACCUUCAAUCCUCUUUCUCUAUCUCCCUCGACUGGUAGCUACUCCUCACACCAGGCGAAGCCUCCCAGGGCCUACAGUACUCAAGCAAACGUCCCAUACCCCCCUCCCCCUCCAACACUAACACCAUCCCUCCACCUCAUCACACGCAUCUCCAUCUCCUCUUCUCCAUCUUCAUCCUGUUUCUCAUCUUCACCCAUCUCCUCCUCCUCGCCAUAACCACAACCCCGAACAUAACCACCCCGAGUCAGGUUCGGACCCUGGAUAUAGCGACAUAACACUUUAUAAAGCACGAAUGAUACUACCAAGCAGAGGAUAAUUAGAGAGAGUCCGAUGAAAAGCUUGUUAGGUUGUGAAAUUGGUGGUGGUGGUGGUGGUGGUGUUUGGAGGGGGGAGAGAGAGGUUGAC